AUGAGCAUCACUUAACAGGAAGGCAACCCUUUAUUGAAGGAUUUGGAGAGAAUUAGAAAAAAAACUAAGAUUUCUAAUAAAGUAAUAAAUGGUUAGCUUGAUCAAAUCAUUACAGAAAUUGAGGAAGCUAAAACAAACAAUGACUUUUCUUAAUUAAAAGAUAAAUUACAAGUAUAAUAUUUAUUAAGGAAGAAUGAAAAACCAUUGACAAAAAUAAAAUAAACAAAUAAUGACUGCUAUGCAUAUAUUUCGAAGUUAGGAAAAAACAUGGAUAAGGUUUACAAAAAAAAUUUACAAUAUGGAUAAGAACAUGUUGAGUUGGAUUAGAAUGUUCUUACAGAAGUUAGAAUUUAAAAUUAUAACUUUAGUUAAUAAAGACUCAUCUACUUAGAGAUGGCGAGUUUGAGGCUUAUGAGACUUUAGUAAACGAAUCAGGUUCAGUGGACUCUAAUUUCCAUCAAUUUUUUACUGAAGCUCAGAGUAUCGUGAAAGAUUUAAAAGAAAAAAAAUUAGAUUCAGCUAUUUAAUGGGCAGAAAGUAGAGAAAAGAAAUCUGUUAAUAAUCUUCUUUAUGAGUUAUUGAAACAAAGAGUAAUUUUAAGAGCUCUAUAUUUUAGGUGAUAUAAUUAGUAUAAACUGAAGGUAUUAAUGCAGCCAUCAAUUUUAUGAGAAAUAGCACUUCAUUUUAAGAAUAAAGUUAAGGCAGAUUAUAUGAAAUAUGCUUAAUUACUUAUUCAUUAUUGAUAUGGCCAAAUGUUGAAAAUACCAAAUACUUCUAUUUAUAUGAUAAUGAAAGAAACUGGCCCAGGGUUCUGAAUCUAUUUUUAGAAGUUGCAGCUAAAUCUUAAAGUAUAAACAAACUUAAUAAUAGAUAUUUUAACUAAAUCAGAAAUUAGAACUGUAUUUUCAGCUGGUUGCUUAGCCAUGCCUAAAUUAAUUAAAUAUAACUAAAUCACAAGAAGUAAUAAUUUAGAAUAAUUAAUAGAUAGAUCUUCUGAAGUUCUUACGAAUGACAUCCCUAUAGAUAUUGAAAUUGGGAAAGAAUAUAAAUAUCAUUCAUUCUUCGUAUGCCCUGUUUCUAGAGAAGUGACAACUUCUGAUAAUCCUCCAGUACUAUUAAAAUGCGGACAUGCCAUUUCUAAAUUAUCUGCUCAUAAAAUGAUUGCAAACAAAUAAAAAUUUAAAUGUCCAACUUGUCCAGUUGAAACCAAAGGAGUAGAUUUACCUGAACUAAUAUUUAUUUGA